CAAGAUGACCAAAAAAAGAAGGAAUAAUGGUCGUACCAAAAAGGGCCGCAGCCAUGUGCAGCCUGUUCGUUGCACGAACUGUGCUAGGUGUGUGCCCAAGGACAAGGCCAUUAAGAAGGUCAUCAUUCGAAACAUUGUAGAGGCCGCAGCCGUCAGGGACAUUUCCGAAGCAAGUGUUUUCAACGCUUAUGUGCUUCCCAAGCUCUAUGUGAAGCUGCAUUACUGUGUGAGUUGUGCCAUUCACAGCAAGGUGGUCAGGAAUCGAUCUCGUGAAGCCAGGAAGGACCGAACACCCCCACCCCGUUUUAGACCUGCUCGUGCUGCCCCACGACCUCCACCAAAGCCUAUGUAAGGAGCUGGGUCCUUAAUGAGUGAAGAAAAGCUAUCUUCUGGAAAAAAAUAAAAUGGGAAUUAUAAUUCA